AUGAAUAUGCGUUUUAACGGAAGGUCGUCCAGAGGAAAUGGUGGUGGAGGUCGUGGUGGUUUCAAACGUCAAGAUUACGGACCUCCAGAGGAAUAUGCCGAGAUUGGUUAUGUAGCAAUAAAAUGUCCAAAAGAAGUUGUUUGCAAAUUAACACAUAAGGAUAUUCCCUACUUUAAUGCCCCUGUAUACAAUGAAAAACAUACUGAAAUAGGCAAAGUCGAUGACGUUCUUGGUCGAGUUGAUUCUCCCUAUUUCUCUGUAUUACCUCUUGAGAACCUUACCCCUGAGUCAUUUACUAUAGGUCAAAAAGUAACUUGUUUUCUUUUCCUCUAA